AAGGAGGAAGUGCACCUGCAGCUCCAAGCUGGGCAGCCUUCCUGAGAAGAUGCAGCCACUCCUGCUCCUGCUGACCCUCUUCCUGUCCCUCAGGGCUGAGGCAGGAGAGAUCAUCGGGGGACACGAGACCAAGCCCCACUCCCGUCCCUACAUGGCCUUUAUUCAGUACUGGAAUGGCUCAGAUAGGAAGAGGUGUGGAGGUUUCCUGAUCCGUGAGGAUUUUGUGCUGACAGCUGCACACUGCCAGGGAAGCCCUAUAAAUGUCACCCUGGGGGCCCACAACAUCAACAAGCCAGAGAAGACAUGGCAGGUCAUCCCCGUGAGAAAUGCCAUCCCCCACCCAGAAUACAACCGCAAAGACUACUCCAAUGACAUCAUGUUACUGCAGCUGAACACAAAGGCCAAGCAGAACAAACUUGUGAAGACCAUUAACCUGCCCAAGCGCAAGACCCAUGUGAGGCCAGGGCAGGUGUGCCAUGUGGCCGGCUGGGGAAAGACAACCCCUAACGGCAAACUGUCAGACACACUGCGCGAAUUGGAGCUGACAGUGCAGAAGGACGAGAUUUGCAAGUCCUCCUAUCCCACUUACAAGAAUGAUAUCGAGAUGUGUGUAGGGGACGAGAAAACAAGAAAAUCUUCCUUUCAGGGAGAUUCCGGGGGACCCCUUGUGUGCAAAAAUGUGGCCCAGGGAAUUGUCUCCCAUGGAAAACCUCAAGGACCAACUCCACAAGUCUACACCAAAAUCUCAAGUUUCCUAUCGUGGAUUAAGGAAACCAUGAGAAGACGCCAACUGCAGGAAGUCGACUGACCCAUCUCUGACUCACUUCUAGAACAGAGGGUCCAUAGUAACCCUGAGGGCGGGGCCAAUAACUGAAUAAAUGUCUUAUCUGAGUGG